AUGGCUGCCAUACGUAAAAAGCUUGUGAUUGUUGGGGAUGGAGCUUGCGGGAAGACCUGUCUGCUCAUCGUGUUCAGCAAGGAUCAGUUCCCUGAAGUCUACGUGCCCACCGUGUUUGAAAAUUAUGUAGCAGACAUCGAAGUUGAUUCCAAACAGGUGGAGCUAGCAUUGUGGGAUACAGCCGGCCAGGAAGACUACGAUCGCCUUCGACCCCUGUCAUAUCCCGAUACUGAUGUCAUUCUUAUGUGUUUCUCCAUAGACAGCCCUGAUAGUUUGGAAAAUAUCCCAGAGAAGUGGACUCCGGAAGUGAAGCAUUUUUGCCCCAAUGUGCCUAUAAUUCUAGUGGGAAACAAGAAGGACUUAAGGAACGAUGAGCACACUCGUCGUGAGCUGGCUAAAAUGAAACAGGAACCAGUGAAGCCAGAAGAAGGCCGGGACAUGGCCAAUAGGAUUGGAGCCUUUGGCUACCUGGAAUGCUCUGCCAAAACAAAGGACGGUGUGCGGGAAGUGUUUGAGAUGGCGACAAGAGCUGCUCUACAAGCCAAGCGAGGGCGUAAGAAAAACACGUGCAAUCUGCUUUAA